AAACGUUGAAAAAAAAAAUUAAAAAAAGAUAAUGUAAAGUAUCAUGCCACGUCUGGCAUACAAUAGGUGCUCAGCAUAUUCUAGAUGACUUUCUUUCCUUCCUUUUUCCCUUUUGGGGUCAGACCACUCACCUGUAGCUGUCCUUUGAAGAAAACAAACUGCUCCUGGAAUGCUUUUUGAAGAGAAAUAUUCUGAAGAGGAAUAUUAGGCUGACUAUUCCCAAGGCUAAGCAAGCACAGUUGCCUAACUCCUAUGUGAGCAUGUUUCAAAAUAAGCUAGAAACAGAAACCAUUAGGAGAGUUGCAGAGGCCCACCUCUAUGAUUCCUAGAAAUUAGGGCCAGAUUGUGACAAAUGUUUUCUAUUUUGUCACGAGAGUAAAUGUCACAAUUGUCAUAGACCAUUAGACCUGGGAUAUUGAUAAUCACAUCCCAGCUGUUCCAAAGCAAGCAAGCUGGGAUUGAAUGAGUAUAAGUGACUUGACCAACGUCAAACAGUAGAAAAAUCAGGAGAAUCCAGUUCUCCCAACUUCUUAUCCAGUGUUAAUUUUAUGGUUCCUUUGUGGGUUCUUAGGCAGGUGAAACCAAGUCUUGAUGUGUGUGCUUUGCAGGAAUGUGAACUGAUUGGACUCUAAGGGUUUGGUACAAGUUUGAUCGAUUCCGAAAAGUUGAGAGCUUUUUUUUCUCUGCUUGAAGUCAACUCACUAGUUGUUGCUUUCAAACUGUUAGCACUUCUUUUGUUUGAGGUUUAGCAACGUAAUGUUGUUUCUCUCUGUUUUAGGUUCAUGGUUUGAUUCACAUUCUUGGUUCUUUGCAAUCUUCCCACAGGGGCAUUUGUUUUGACAAAAAUACUUAGAAUCUAACUAAGGUGGUUAGCAAUGGGAAUUCAUUUGAAAAGGACAGUGAGGCUGCUGAGAAGGAGCUUGGGUGGAUUAGGGAACCGUUAGUGCUUACAUUCUGGAGCUUGAAAUCAGGAUAAUGGAAACAUUGCAGCGGUUCUUGGUGUAUAUGUUUAUGUGUUUGUUUUUAUCAGGAUGCUCUGAUGCUUUCAAUUCCAUUCUUGCUAAUCUGGGUUGAAACUGCUGCCUCCUACUUCAUUGCCUUUUGAUGUAUGCUCUCAGUCAUGUUCUUGAUGCGAUCCUCAUCUUUGGACUGUGGGAAGGAAGCUAACAAAAAAUUAUCUUCCCUGUACUUUUCCCUUUACUUUGAGUGGCCCUUCUGAGGAACUUGUGGAAUAUGAAUUUCAAGCUUAUAUGUGUGGAAGAGUUCAGUUGCAAUGCCCAAAGACAGAAUUCCAGAUUCUGAAAUACAACCUUUGUUCCUUUCUUACCAGUGUGGUUUUAAAAAUCUCAGGCAAGUCUCCUUUGCUGAACCUGAAAUGGGGCGACCCCUUUGUUAGUGGCCAGCCAUACCACAGUCAAGGCUGUAUGUGUGUGGGGGGGAGGUUUGCAGUGAGGAGGCCUUUCAAGAACUGUACCCCGCCUGCCUGACUUUCCACAUGCCAAAUGAAAGUGAGUUUUGGUGCUAGGGCUGUCAGUGCUUUUUCAAGCGGUUGACUAUUUACUCACGCAUUUAGAAGGCUAGGAUAGCAGCUGUGGUGGUAAAAAGGCUAUUCUCAAUACCUCAAAAAGCAAGAAUUUUCUAGGAGGUGAGGUUUUGGGUGAGUCCAGCUAGUAUUUUUCUGCUUAAAAAAAAAAAAAACAAAAAACUUCUCACUUUAGAUUCAUUUGCUCUUCUUACCUCCUUUCUCUUCCUGCUUCCUCUCUCCUCCCCCGCAACCCUCCCCUCCUGUUCCCCUUUUAAUGCUUCCUCCCUUUUAGCUACCAGUCACCCAACUCUUUGUGAAUUAUAUUAUCCAUUUCCCCCCUUGACUUAACAUAGAUUUUGGAUACAUAUUUUACUGGCAUUUUCAAUAUUGGCAAUGACAUUCAAAAGGGCAAUUAGAAAGUUUUCUUUCUUCUCACAGGAAGUGGGCUCAACACUUGUUUGCGAACACAGAUGGUAUUAGAGGGGGCCAAGGGGAGCUGACAUCUGAUAUUUCUGCUAUAGCGCCCACUUUUUUUUUUUUGGCUGCUUCAGAUUCAGCCCAUGUGGACAGACACACACUUGGGUAACCACCAUGCAGAUGGAAAUCAGGACAUGUGGGAUUUGGCUGAACCAAAGGUCCCCAAACAUUGCCUGGAUCAUUUAGUGCCCCAGGUGUGGCCACCCCAGGACUUCAUGUGCUAAAAUUGUGUCCCAGCUUAAACCAGCUGGUCACUGUAUAUAUAGUAUCAAGGCAGCUUGGAGCCUCAUAAAACAUGACUUUGGAUUUUUACCUUGUGGAUUUAGAUUUAGCUAAUCAACCUGAAUCCUUCCACACACCCUGGGCAAUGAGGAUAUACCAAGUUAAAAGAAAGAUUUAACAGAAGGUGAUGCUCAUUGUCCUGUAGCUUGCAUUCUAGAUGGCACAUAAUAUUAGACCAUACAAAAACAACUGAAUUGACUUUCCAGAAAGGAAAGAAGAAAUUAGAGGCUUCAGUUUCUUUAAUAAACUUUUGAUGUAUUAUGUAUCAGAUUUAAAUUUUUUUCUUUUAAGACAAUUUCCCUCCUGUGGCAUUUUAAGAGCAAACAAUAUUUCCUUUCAACUUUAAAAUUGGAAGAAUUGAGAAUUAUUUUCAUGAAAUUAUAUUGGGUCUUUCUUUUUACUUAUGUGAUAGAGGCGCCUGACUUCAGCCAUUUAGGCAAGAUUUGUUUUGGAGGAGAAUAAUCAUCAUCAUCAUCAUCAUCAUCAUCAUCAUCCCAUACAAUUUUAUAACCCUCUAUGAUUUACAAAAGGGUUUUCAUAUCUAUUAUCUCAUUAGCUCUUCAUAGCAAUCCUGUGAAGUAGUCAGGAUAGGUACUUAGAUAUAAGUUAUGUCAAACUUAUAAAUAAGGGAACUUAAGCUCAGAGAAGUUAACUGACUUGUCCAAGGUAACACAGCUAGAAAGUUGUAGAACUGAAAUCUGAACCUAGGUUUCCUGAUACCCAGCCGCAGUAUUCCUUCAGUUGUGUCAUGUUUCCUUUCUAAGUGACUAUCUCCUUUUUGUUUCUACUCAUCAUUAAUCUUGAAGUUGGUCUAAAAUAUGUGCUUCAGUUUAGGAGAUGAGUAAAACUGAAGCAUUUACAGGCAAAGUGCCUUAUUAAGGCUGUCUAUGGAGAGAGUUGUGCAUAUAGCUCUUAGCUUUUCAUCUUGACUUUAACUAUUUUUAGGUAUACAUAGGUUGUUUUCCAGUGUUUAAUAUAUGUCCAAAAGUUGUGUGAUCCAGUGAUUAUAGGUGUGAAAGCUGCACCUGGGGAAUGGGGUUAGGGAUGAAAAGUUGGCUUAAAAUAAUUAGCUUCCUGCCUUUUUGUUAAAAGAUGUCAUGUUCAAUAUAAUUUAAUUUCCUCAUACUUCCUUUGCUUCCAGGCUUUUAAGUACAAUUCUUUAGGGGAAAUUAGCAAAUAUUCAUUUUGAAUGUUGAUUUCUCGGGAACAAGAGUAGCUAGAGGAAAGAGAAAGCAGAGGGGUGACUUUUCAUGCUCUGUAAGUGUGGGGAAGCAGUAUUUCGUUUGGAGCUGUGAGCUAAGAUUUCUUCUAAGGCAUGCAAAUCGUAAAGUUCUGAUUUGUCAACUGCAUGCUGUUUCUUUAGGCACUGAUGUAUGAAAUCCCGAACGAAUUCUCCGAUGAACAUACUGCUAAUUGCUUCUCCACCUGCUCUCCAACCUCCUCCUCCCCACCCCCUCCACUCUCAAUUCAGCCUAUAAGUGUCCGUCAUUGGAGAUGGAUGGUGACACAUGCAGUAAUAGCAAUUCAUAAAAGCCAGUUCCAGCCCUUGUCUUCAAGGCUCCUGGAUUUUCCACUGCCUGCUUUUGUGUAAGUGAAGUGGAUGGAAGUGCUACUGGCAUCAGAAUCUACCUCCCUAUGCUCCGUUGCUAGAGCUCAGUUGCUCGGCUGGAGCUGAGCUAAACAGAAGCAUCGGAUCUAAGCUGAAUUGUAACUAGGUUUUUUUUUCCUCAUUGGGGGUGUGGGUUAGGGGUAGUGUGUAGUGGGGUUUGGGGUGCUUUGGCUUUUCUUUUUGUGGAGAGAAGAGGGUAAGGGGAGAAUAACUCACGGUAGGAUACAACGUGAAACAGUUCCCUGAAGAGUAUCACGAUGUUCCUGGUACAAUAUACAGGAUUGAACCAGCUGCCCUUUGACCCUGCCAACAACAACGAACCCCUGCAGUUUGGUAGUGCCAGUGGCCCUCUGGUCACAGAAGGCCUCAUUGAGAAUGGAGGGGAGUCAAGCAAGAAAAGAAAGAGAACAAAUGCUCCUUCAGCUGAUAGUAGUAGAACUCUGAAUGUGGAUUCCACUGCAAUGACGCUACCUAUGUCUGAUCCAACUGCAUGGGCCACAGCAAUGAAUAAUCUUGGAAUGGCACCACUGGGAAUCGCUGGACAACCAAUUUUGCCUGACUUUGAUCCUGCUCUUGGAAUGAUGACUGGAAUUCCACCAAUCACUCCAAUGAUGCCUGGCUUGGGAAUAGUACCUCCUCCAAUUCCACCAGAUAUGCCAGUAGUAAAAGAGAUCAUACACUGUAAAAGCUGCACACUUUUCCCUCCAAAUCCAAAUCUUCCACCUCCUGCAACUCGAGAACGCCCACCAGGAUGCAAAACAGUAUUUGUGGGUGGCCUGCCUGAAAAUGGGACUGAGCAAAUCAUCGUGGAAGUGUUCGAACAGUGUGGAGAGAUCAUUGCUAUUCGGAAGAGCAAAAAGAACUUUUGUCACAUUCGCUUUGCUGAGGAGUACAUGGUGGACAAAGCCCUCUAUCUCUCCGGUUACCGCAUUCGCCUGGGAUCUAGCACUGACAAGAAGGACACAGGCCGGCUCCACGUUGAUUUUGCACAGGCUCGAGAUGACCUGUAUGAGUGGGAAUGCAAACAGCGCAUGCUAGCAAGGGAGGAGCGCCACCGUAGAAGGAUGGAAGAAGAAAGAUUGCGCCCACCAUCCCCACCCCCAGUGGUCCACUAUUCAGAUCACGAAUGCAGCAUUGUUGCUGAAAAACUAAAAGAUGAUUCCAAAUUCUCAGAGGCUGUACAGACCUUGCUCACCUGGAUUGAACGAGGAGAAGUGAACCGCCGCAGUGCCAACAACUUCUACUCUAUGAUCCAGUCGGCCAACAGCCAUGUUCGCCGCCUAGUGAAUGAGAAAGCUGCCCAUGAGAAAGACAUGGAAGAAGCGAAGGAGAAAUUUAAACAGGCCCUUUCUGGAAUUCUCAUUCAAUUUGAGCAGAUAGUAGCUGUGUACCAUUCUGCCUCCAAACAAAAGGCAUGGGACCAUUUCACAAAAGCCCAGCGUAAAAACAUCAGCGUUUGGUGCAAACAAGCUGAGGAAAUUCGCAACAUACAUAAUGACGAGUUAAUGGGAAUCAGAAGAGAAGAAGAAAUGGAGAUGUCUGAUGAUGAAAUAGAAGAAACAACAGAAACAAAAGAAACUGAGGAAUCAGCCUUAGUGUCACAGGCAGAAGCUUUGAAGGAAGAAAAUGACAGCCUCCGUUGGCAGCUCGAUGCCUAUCGGAAUGAGGUAGAACUGCUGAAGCAAGAGCAGGGCAAAGCCCACAGAGAAGACGACCCAAACAAGGAACAGCAGCUGAAACUCCUGCAGCAAGCCCUGCAAGGAAUGCAACAGCAUCUACUCAAAGUCCAAGAGGAAUACAAAAGAAAAGAAGCUGAACUUGAAAAAGUCAAAGAUGACAAGCUACAGGUGGAAAAAAUGUUGGAAAACCUUAAAGAAAAGGAAAGCUGUGCUUCUAGACUAUGUGCAUCAAACCAAGAUAGUGACUACCCUCUCGAGAAGACCCUGAACAGCAGUCCUAUCAAAUCUGAACGUGAAGCACUGCUAGUGGGGAUUAUCUCCACAUUUCUUCAUGUCCACCCAUUUGGAGCAAGCAUUGAAUACAUCUGUUCCUACUUGCACCGUCUAGAUAAUAAGAUCUGCACCAGUGACGUGGAGUGUCUCAUGAGCCGACUCCAGCACACCUUCAAGCAGGAAAUGACUGGAGUUGGAGCCAGUCUGGAGAAGAGAUGGAAAUUCUGUGGCUUUGAGGGCUUGAAAUUGACCUGAAUCCCUUUGCCUAACAACCUGGGAUCCUGCAAAUACAUGUGUGUUGGACAAGCUUAAAAAGUGAUUUGUAUUAGCAAUGGUUUUCAAGUGGAAGUUGUUUUCAGUUUGCCAGUUCAUUCCUGGAAUAUCUUUUGAGUUAAAAUAAGGAUCCUAGAGCAGCACCUCAAGCUACAGGCCCUAAAAAGAAAUGGACUCAAGCCUCAAGUGCUGUAACUUCCUCUCUUUCUGUCAAUUGGUUGUCUUUUUUUAUUAGUAGUAUUGAAAAAGGCCUGUGGCUAAAGCGUAUUUGGGGUGUUUUCAGUGUCUGUACUACUGCUGUAGAGUUUGGUAUUUUUUUAAACACUGUUGACUGAAAUGUUUUGAUGAUUUGUAUGUGAUCUGUGUUUCAAAACUCCUCCUCACAUUAUUGUUGCUACUGGUGAGGGGAAUGAGAGGUACACUAGGCACGCCAUGACUGACAUUGCCUCUCUACUCCCCAGUAAGCCAGUAAAUGAAUAACACAGCAUCUUCUAGAAGGUACCUGACCAGGCUCACCUUUUAAAAGACAAAGCAUGGUUUGUGGCUUUUUGCAAAAUUACUGUGAACCAAAAGUUGACAAAUGUUCCAAAGUUAUUUUCUCCAAUAUAUCAGAUUUAAAAAAGAAAACCUAGAUGUAUUCGUAGAAAGCAAGGGUCCAGUACGACUGGCAUGUGUAUGUGCUAUUCAGAAUCACCUUGUAUAUAGUCUGCUUUUAAAGGAGGACAUGUUUAGUUUUCUAUGAAUUAAAACACAUGCGUGCACAUGUGUACGUGCACGUACACACACACACACACACACACACACACACUAGCAGAAGGGAUUUAUUUUAAUAUGCUUUUGCCUCUAGCCUUCUUACAAAGUCUGUUGGUCCCUUUUCUUCUGCUGUCAGCGUGUUGAAUUGCAAACCGUGUACUACUGUAAAUAUUAUGUUUACUUCAUGCUGAAUGCUUGCAAAGAGUUGAUAUGAGUCUUAGUAGAAAACUCUUGGUAAUGAAUGAGCCCAGGUGUGUGAUGCUUCUGGCAAAUGGCUCAGCUCCAUCCACCUGGAGUGCCGAUCGCUGGGGACACCCCAGCUCUAUGAUGCCUACCGGCAGAUUGCAAUGGCAGAGCACACAUUGACUGGUCAGCAAGUCCUGCUUGAUGGAAACAAGAGGGAAAAGAUGAAGAUUUGGGGCUACUAUUUUGAGGCAGAGAUGAUCUUUUCUUGUGUGCUGUUGUUGGUGCUUAUAAUAACACAAGCAUGCCCUCCCUUGUGUCUUGGUUCAAAGUAAAAGAAUGUACUGAGUAAGCAAAGCCAAUGAAGAGUACUUCCGGAAAAUACUUUGUAAAUGAGAUGUCAGUAGUGUUCAAAGUUGUAUUUUUAAAAGAUAAAUAUUCCUUUUUUAUACAUCA